UCUCGAAUGUUGCAAGCCUAAAUCCACGCGAGAGUUGGUGACGUCCUCGAGCGACACGUCAGCCAGACGGAACUAACCUGGAAACAGCACACAGUUAACUCGAGGAGCAGGCUUCUAGCGAAAUGGGGGGUUUCUUCUCCAGUCUCUUUUCUGGCCUGUUUGGCACCCGGGAGAUGAGGAUUUUGAUCCUGGGCUUGGACGGUGCUGGCAAAACCACCAUUCUGUACAGGCUGCAGGUUGGAGAGGUGGUCACCACCAUUCCCACCAUCGGUUUCAACGUGGAGACGGUCACAUACAAGAACCUGAAGUUCCAGGUGUGGGAUCUGGGAGGACAGACGAGCAUCAGACCCUACUGGCGGUGUUAUUACUCAAACACAGACGCAGUGAUCUACGUGGUCGACAGCAGCGACCGCGACAGGAUGGGCAUCUCAAAGUCGGAGCUGGUGGCUAUGCUGGAGGAAGAAGAGCUGAAGAAGGCAAUCCUGGUAGUGUUUGCCAACAAGCAGGACAUGGACCAGGCCAUGACGCCGACUGAAGUGGCCAACGCUCUGGGCCUUCCUGCCCUCAAAGACAGAAAAUGGCAGAUCUUCAAGACCUCCGCCACCAAGGGAACAGGCCUAGAUGAAGCCAUGGAGUGGCUGGUGGACGCUCUGAAGAGUCGGCAGUAAAAGGCGGGCCCCAUCAUGUAUAUACCCCUAAACUUUGAAGCCUUGUGACUGACUCCUCCCCACCACCCAUUUUUUUUUCUUUGGACCAGCGAUUGCACUCCUCAAUUCUUAUACCCACAUUAAGCCUUGACCAAGUCCUGCCAAUUCCUAACGCCUUUGGAGCCUGGGACUGAGGAGAGAAGGCUGCAGUAACACCUGGAGUCAACACAGAGAUUUUAAAAACGAGUCGCAUGAAAAAACCUGCUAAUGUUCUUGCUCCAACCCCUGUUGAGUUCUUUUCCUGCUGGUGAUUUGUGUUCAGCGUCCCCUCCUGUCAGGGACAAGAAGAUCCACCAGGGGGAGACAAAGCAGCAGCAGCCUGACAGCCAGCUUGUUUCCCUGCUUAGCAGCCGCUUCGGAUCUCUGGAUUUCGGUUUAGUGCUUCAGAAGGAGAGAAACAAGCCAACUUUGAAGAAAAGUACUACAGUUUGGGGGGGAUAUCAUACAGAAAACAUGGGUUUUGUUUUGGUUUCUGGAUCCAGUCUUUUAGCCAGGUGGCACUGAAGGUUCUGUCAUGAAUCUCUUUGUUUUCCCUCCUUUCUGGUGAUUUGUGUUUCAGUAAUUUUAGUGGUUUGACUGUGAGUGCAGCUUUGGCUUAUUAGUUCAUUAGUUACUGAACACUACCUGUAAACUCAGUUUUAUGGUUGCAUAUUUAUACCUGCUUGUACAGUAAAAUUGAUUCUAAGAAUGCAGUUAUUGUACCAAUAUUGAUUUCCCCCCCCCCUCCUAACAAGUGGUAAGUCUUUUUUUUUUUCCAAAGCUUAUAAAUAAUGCUGAAUAUUGCAGUUGGUUGAAUGACAACUUGACCCUGGGCCCCAAAAGUGUCUUUACGUCUGUUCAUCCUGGUGUUCCAGUAUAAAGUUUCUUGAUGGGUUUGGUGUUUCCGGGGUUUUUGCCUGAAUCUUAACCCUACCCCUGUUACUUUGGGUUCGAUGAGGCAAAGAUGGGUUUUUCCAACCAAAGGUGCCAUGACAUCACCAUAGAAACUAUUUAAUGUUGUUGAUAUUGCUGCAUAUGUAAAUUCAUGAAAAACAACGUUAACUUGUUUUGUCAGGCCAAAUGUCUCUUCACAAUAAAAGGGUUGGUUGCAGUAAUGAUAUGCAGCUACAACCAUAUUUGGGAAACCGGUCAAA